AUGCCCACACCCAAGGGCCAGGUUUGGGAACAUCCCCACCAGGUCCUGACCUGGCCAUUGUCCUACCAGGACAAGACUGUGGUGGUAGCAGACUUUGGGCUGUCACGGCUCAUAGUGGAAGAGAGGAAAAGGCCCCCAGUGGAGAAGGCCACCACCAAGAAACGCACCUUGCGCAAGAGUGACCGCAAGAAGCGCUACACGGUGGUGGGAAAUCCCUACUGGAUGGCCCCUGAAAUGCUGAAUGGAAAAAGCUAUGAUGAGACGGUGGAUGUCUUCUCUUUUGGGAUCGUUCUCUGUGAGAUCAUUGGGCAGGUUUAUGCGGAUCCUGAUUGUCUGCCACGAACACUGGACUUUGGCCUCAAUGUGAAGCUUUUCUGGGAGAAGUUUGUCCCCACAGACUGCCCCCCAGCCUUCUUCCCCCUGGCUGCCAUCUGCUGCAAACUGGAGCCUGAGAGCAGACCAGCAUUCUCAAAACUGGAGGACUCCUUUGAGGCCCUCUCCCUGUACCUGGGGGAGCUGGGCAUUCCAUUGCCUGCAGAGCUGGAGGAGCUGGACCACACUGUGAGCAUGCAGUACGGCCUGACCCGGGACUCACCCCCCUAGCCCCAGCCCAGCCCCCUGCAGGGGGGUGUUCCACAACCAGCAUUGCCCCCUCUGUGCCUCAUCACUGCUAUGAGCAGGGCCGUCCAGGCUUCCUGUGGAUUGGCAUCUUGUUUAGAAGCAGAACAAGUCAUCCCUACUACCUCCCCAGGAGGCGAGCGGGCGCAGCACUAGGGAAGCAUAUCUCCACACGUUUUGAGGCCUGGUUAUUUUCUGUAAAUCCAAGACUUGUCUGAAAGCUGUGAAGAAGAAAAAAAGCCUGUCCUCUGGGCCAGGGAGAUUCUGUUACUUGGGACCACUCAGGAACUCCCUGGCAUUGGGAUUCUGGGAGGCUCUUGCUUAUAGUAAUCAGCGUGACCUGGACCUGCUGGGCAGGAUCCCAGGGUGAACCUGCCUCUGGGUUCUGAAGUCUCCAAUCCAGCUGGGUAUAGGAGGAUUUCAAGUGGGAGUGUGGAUGAGACAAAGACUGGUGGCCACAUGGCACUGGAAGAGUGUGAAAUGACAGUGCUGCUCCCCCCUUCCACUUCAGGUCUCACCCUCCCUGAGGCGGAGGUUGAAGGAAUAGAUUUUGAAGAGUCCCUUAGUAUGUGGUAAAACUGGCCAGGAGUCAAGGAAUGGGCUGGUUUCUGCUUGCCUGCCAGGGGGUGGCUUUACCCAGCCUAGGGACCACAUCAAUGUGAGGGGAGCUUCCACCUCAUGUUCUCAAACUAUCCUACUAGAGACUGCCUAAGAACAUCUGGGCAACAUCCUUUUUGUCUGCAACAAGCAAUCACCCACAAGCACAGGAAGAAGCUGAAAAGAGGCCUUACUCUCUAAAAAGCUCAUGUCGUGGCUGCUGUCACUCAUACCCGGCUGGGCUCCUCAGUCAGAAGCCGGAGACAUUUUACCUAAAGCUAGAUGGGUCCUGGAGGACAGUGUGGCUUGUCACAGGCCUAAGAGUCUGAGGCAGGGGAAUGGGAGUCUCAGCAAUCUCUUGUCCUUGUGGCAGCCACUGCUAACCUUUCGACAUGCCAGGUCUAGACAGCACCUUCAGCUGGGAAGAGAUGGUGGCAGA